GCCCUCUACGUUGCAUGUAGCAUUAACCUAUCUUGCAAGUCAUAGAAUUCAUGACGACAGGGUCUCCAUUUAGACUGUUAAAUAAACCUUUCCUGAUCAGUUCAUUCUUCAUUAUUUGAUUCAGUAUGUCGGGGACUAUUAUCAUACGGAUCCAGUCCCCUGACGGAAACAAACGAGUCACUGUUCCCCCGACAACAUCCCUCUACAAGUUCUUCCAAAAGGUUUCACAGACAGUGUCGCUCCCUGCCGAUGGCUUUCAACUCUACAAAUCUCGGGACAAGACAGAGCAACUUAAAGCCUCUAGCAAAGUCACACUUAAAUCACAAAAUAUCAAACAUGGUGAUAUGAUACACCUGUACCCAACUAAAGUAGAGGUGGAUGGUAUCGCAGAGCCUUCAUCACAAGAAAAAUCAUCUCUUCACACCUCCUCUUCAUCGUCAUCUUUAUCAUCAUCCUCGUCAUCACAGCCCGUGCCAUUGGUUGUUGAGGACGAAGUCGACCAGUUUCUAUCGAAACAGGAUGGCAAAAUCUACAGGAAAAGAGAUGAACAAUUAUGUCAUCAUGGUGUCAAUGCAAAGUGUGUCCAUUGUGUACCUCUAGAGCCACAUGACGAGAGAUAUAUCAACGACCACGACCCUCCCAUCAAGCAUCUAUCCUUCCAUUCUCACAUCAGGAAACUCACUGGCGGGUUUGAUAAGGGAAAGUUUGCAUUUCUAGAGAACAUUAGCUGUAAGAUCAAGCCAGGGUGUACAGAGCACUCACCGUGGCCCAAUGGCAUCUGCACCAAAUGUCAACCAAGUGCUAUUACGUUAGAUAGACAACAUUAUAGGCACGUAGACAACGUCAUGUUUGAGAACCCCAUGAUGUUUGAUCGCCUUCUAGACUUCUGGCGGAAAUGUGGGAACCAAAGAAUAGGCUUCCUGUACGGGAAGUAUGAGCACCAUAAAGAUGUUCCUCUAGGGAUCAAAGCAACAGUCUUGGCAAUCUAUGAACCUCCACAGAACAGUACAUCAAAUAGUUUAGAAUUACUAGAAGAUCCCUUUGCAGAAGCAGUCGACUAUGUAGCAUCCAAAUUAGGUCUUUGUAAGGUUGGUUGGAUAUAUACCGACCUAAUGGCUGAUGAUCUUACCAAAGGAACAGUCAAACAUGUCAGGAAUAUGGAUGCCCACUUCAUGUCAGCGGAAGAGUGCAUUAUGGCCGGUGAGUUCCAGAACCAGCAUCCCAGCCCCUGCAAAUUGGCAACAGAGGGACACUUUGGCUCCAAAUUUGUCACAUGUAUAGUAACAGGUGAUUCUACGAAUCAGAUACACACAGAGGCGUACCAGGUAUCCAACCAGUGUAUGGCUCUAGUCAGGGAUGACUGUCUAGUGCCUACCAUCGAUGCUCCGGAGCUAGGCUAUAUCAGGGAAUCUACAAAUGAGCAAUACGUACCUGAUGUCUUCUACUCGGAAACUGAUAGCUAUGGCAACUCAUCAAAGCAGUUAGCAAGACCCUUGCCAGUAGAGUUCCUUCUAGUCGAUUUACCGGCUGGGUUUCCCAAGGAUGCCACCUUUGCCUUCAACUCCCAGCCCGGGCUGAAACCCUUCCCCAUCGAGAACCGGGCGGGUGUAGGAGAGGUGCAGGGCAUAGAGGCGCUCACCCAGUACCUAGGACAGUUUGAGAGUGGUCAGCUCAUGGAAGCUAUGCUGGACUUUCAUCUGCUAAUCUAUCUUGCCACAAUGGACCUCCUGCCACUCAGGGACCAUAUGGAUCCCCUGUUAGAAGCACUCAGGUCAAGAGACAAAGACUUGGUGGAUGCUUGGUCUAAAUGUGAGCAGUGGGCCACAAUGGAACACUUCAUAGCAGCUCAGGGCCCGUCAGCGACUGGAGAGGCUGCGCCCAGCACCAGCGGGGCGACCGGGACCAGCACGUCCACCUUCGUAUCAGGGACAUGGACAUGUGAAAGGUGCACGUACAUCAACCAGAAUUCUGCUGCAAAUUGUGAAAUAUGUGAUGGUCCUAGGGGCUAGAUCGCAGACCCCUCCCUGUCUAGUUAAACCACUAUGUCCUGUCUUAAAUUUAUCCAAUUCGUAUGUUUAAAAAAAGGUGAGAGCACUGACUAAAAUAAUACAGAAAUUAAUCAUUUAUGAUGAUAUGGUAGUGAGGAGUAUUACAAAUAGAAAGUGGAAAGAGUCGAUUGCAAAUUUUUCCAUAAUGGAACAUGAAUGCCUUUUCAGUUAAAAGUGCUAUGAGUUUAUAUGCACCUUGAAAAGUUUUAUUGCUCAAAUAUAGACCAUUUUCAAACAGUUACCAACUUCUAGCUAUAUGCAAUACCCUAAGGUUUAUCAUUUACUCAGUCAUUUAUUGCUGAUGAUAUAAUUUUAUUCACUAAACAUUGGUGAAGUCUUGAUGUCUUUGUGAAGGAUUCAAAGGGCAGACAGAGUCAUGUUCCUCGAUUCAGUUCUUAGGGUCUAGAAUAGCAGAUACCCUGGUACUGUACUCCAAUCAAAUGCUCACGAGGUGAAGCUCUUUACAUCUUUAUAACAGGAUCCUAUAGAAAGUAUUUAAUCAGUUCAGUUGACAUUAUAUGAGGUACAAUUGAAUGAUUGAAAUGUUACAAUCACCGAAACAAAAUAUGUUGUGUAUACAGUAGGUAAUAUUUAUAAAAUCAACCUCAAAAAAUUUACCCGACAUUCUAUAGGUAAGCAGUUAUUGGAGUAUGAUGAAAAUUAAAGGGAACUAAAACCUUCAUACUAAGUGACUUUUAUUGCAAA